AUGGACUUCGCUUACGAUCACAUUCAGGAGUCGACUUUUCCCGAGGAUAACAGCGAGUCCUCAUCCGCCGACAAGAGGCCUGCUCAGCAGUUGAGUCUGAAUGCCGACCUCCAGGAUGCCUACCGUGCCUUCUCCUCCAGCCCUUGGGGCGCUCGGAUUGGGGGCUUCUUUGGCAGCGUAGUGAAGCAGGGCGAAUCCGUCUACCAUGAAGCCCAAAAGGAGCUCUCAGCCGUGGGCCAGGACGCGACCCGUGGUCUCAGCGAUCUGCGCCAAUCAAUCAUCAAUCGCACACGAUCACUCUCCCUGAAUACCUCGGCGGCCGCUGGCGGGUCCUCCUCGGAACGAACACGGGAAGAUGGGGGCGAGAACACCGAGACGACGCCCACAACGGCCAGGGAGAUGUCCUCGGAGGAUGCAAUCAAGGAGUCCGAGACAGUGCUGUCCCGCCUUCGGGACGAAGCUGCUAAGCGAUUAAAGGACCUCCAAAAGGCCGAGGACGCGGCGGACGAGGCGCUGCUGAGAUUCGGAAGCAAUUUACGGGAUUUCUUCCGCGAUGCGAUCAAGAUUGCGCCACCCAAUAGCGACCAGUCAGAUGACCAGGGCAGCACAGUACUGUUUGAGAGCAAGGAUGCACAUGGAAAGAGGGUGAUUCACACCUCCCGCUUCGACGCGCAGCUGCAUGUGAUUCACACCACCACCGACAAUUUCAUGAAGGACGGUUCCGGAGCUGAAUUUGAGGCUUGGGCAAAGGAUUUUGACAUCGAGAAGAAGACCGAGGACAUCAGCGCCGACCUUGCCAAGUAUCCCCAGCUAAGAACGACGAUGGAGAAGCUUGUGCCCGACCAAGUCCCUUACGCAGACUUUUGGAAGAGAUAUUACUUUCUCAGGCAUGGUAUUGAGACUGCCGAAGCCCGGCGAAGAGACUUGCUUAAAGCCGCUUCCGCCGAGGAGGAAGUCGGCUGGGACGAGGAUUCGGAUGACGAGGCCCAGCCCAGCAAACCGGCAGCGGUUUCCAAUCGGCCCGGCUCCACCGAGUCCUCAACUACCAUCCAUCCGCCCGCUGCUGGCCAAGGCCUUCUAAAGCCGUCCGAGCCUCGAAAAUCCAACGACGAGAAGUCGCAGGCUGACAGCGAGGCGAGUUACGACGUUGUCGGCGCCACAUCCGGGGUUCCCAGUCAGGCGCCAAACAGCCCGAAGGAGGGUCGGAAAGUUGACGAUAGCGACGAGGAGGAAGACUGGGAGUAG